CACAGGAAGACAAAGGCAGGCACCAGGAGCAAGGCUAAUAUGCUGCUAUUUUUGCACAGAUCCACGAGCAGUGUUUACGCGUUUGCUUUUUCUGCAACUCAUAUCGAUAUGACAUCGUUACAUUUCCCCGAACAUCUGCAAUUGUCUCGUAUUUAAAACGGCGCAGUCACCCGGGCCGAUCUGUUGGAUCAUCGAAGAAUGUACUGGGGUGUUGGUUUUGCAUCGUCCAGAUCAUGCGUGGUUGAUCUGAGCAGGAAUCAGAGCUUUUCUCUGGGACUGUGCGGUUCUGAUGAUCACUAUUCCUUUUAUGGAUACAUAAUCACUUUCCCUCUGCAAGAUUACUGUAGCAUCAUGUCAGGGCUGGGAGCAGAGUCAUGGUGGAAGAAAACGCUGUGUCUGACCGGGGGUGCCUUACUGGCAGCGGCUGCAUAUCUCUUGCACGAAUUGCUGGCAAUCAGAAAGGAGCAAAAACUUGAUUCAAAAGAUGCAAUUAUAUUGCAUCAGUUCUCUCGACCUGAGUGUAAGGUUCCUAGUUUGUCUCCCUUUUGCUUGAAGAUGGAAACAUAUCUUCGAAUGGCAGACUUGCCAUACCAGAAUUAUUUCGAUGGCAAACUCUCUCCUCAAGGAAAGAUGCCUUGGAUUGAAUAUAAUCAUCAAAAAGUAUCUGGCACAGAAUUUAUUAUUGAGUUUCUUCAAGAUAAACUGGGUGUUAACUUAAAUAAACAUCUGGAUCCCAGUGAAAGAGCUGUUUCAAGAGCCAUUACAAAAAUGGUAGAAGAACACUUCUAUUGGGCCAUUGUAUACUGUCAAUGGAUUGACAAUCUCCAUGAGACUGGAAAAAUACUGUCUGUCUCAGGCCCAUUCAGUGGUUUUCUGAAAUGGAUACUAUGUCAUCUAACAAGAGGAAUUGUUAAACGGGAAAUGUAUGGUCACGGCAUUGGCCGUUUCUCAAAGGAGGAAAUAUAUACUUUAAUGGAAAAGGAUAUGCGAGCACUUUCAGUCAUCUUGGGUGAUAAGAAGUACAUCAUGGGCCCAAGGCCUUCCACAGUUGACGCUGCUGUAUUUGGACAAUUGGCUCAGGCCAUGUGGACUCUGCCUGGAACCAGACCGGAAAGGCUCAUCAGAGAUCAUUCAGCUCACAAAUGUAGAAAUGGCAUCUCUAGUGAGGGAAAAAAAUUGCAGGGCUGUGGGGAAAGAGCAAGGAAUGGAACUAAUGUUUCCUUUGGCUCCAAUUCUUCAGAUGAGCUGGUUAAUCUUGCUAUGUACUGUAAGAGAAUUAAGCGGAAGUUCUGGCCUGAAUGGACGGAAGAGAGUGAUGAUGCUUCAUACAGUAAUGAAGAUGAAACUAGUGAAGACAGUUUGACUCCCACACCACUCCAAGACUUCAGUUUGUACUCUCGCACAGAAACAUUUGAUGAAGAGUUAACUGAAAACAGUGUUUCCUAUUCACAAACUCCAGACACUGAUUAUACUGGUCAUUCCCUCUUUGAUUCAGAUGUGGAAAUGGAAGAGUACACAGAUAACGAACUGGUCAAAUGAAACAUACUAAAGAAAUAACAAUGUAUAUUCUGCACUUUAAGCAGUAAAACUGAUGUAUUCUGGAGGUCACUAGGAAUCAUCCAAUACAGGUAUUGUCAUUUAGACCAAUGUGAAAUCAUCACCAGUUACAAUAUCCAAGAAAUUCCUUUACAUCAGUAAAGUCUGUUCCUCUAAAUGUAUAGUACUUAACUGACGUAUAUGCUCAAUGAACAAUACAUUUGGUCAUAAUUGUCACUGUAUGGUAGGUAGCCCCAUGUGCCUAAUGCAUUUGGUUUUGACACUGCAGUUCUUUACAGCUAUCCUGCACAAAUGUGCUUCUUUUUCAUUAAUUUUAGGCAUUUCCAAAACUACAUACAUCUAGGCAUAUGAUAGAUUAUUUCAAUGCAAAUCAUGGUCCGCUGCAGUAUAAAUAAGGCCUUCAUUGCUAGGUUCUGAGAGACUCUUCUAUGGACUGCCAUCACACAGAAGUUUAUGUGUUACAUUAAAGACGAAAGUAAAGCAUUCAAUCACAGAUAUACAAAUGUCAAUUCAAUGAGGCAAGUUUUUAAGGUGUGCAUGGGUGGCAGAAGUGUACUUAAAUGAUAUGUGUACUUAUCAACUAGUGUUACCGAUGAAUUGAUGGAAUAAUAUUACAGAGAAUUUCUUUCUUGGAACUUUAUAUAUUUAAACUGUGUUGCAUUUACAGUGUGUGAAACAGAUGGUAAACAGUGUGCUCUUGAACUUCCAUUAAUAGUUCAUUUGAAUCUCCUUGUUAUAUUUUACUUCUACUAAGUAUGACUUGGAAAGAAUAGUUUCUGAAGAUAAUUAGUCAAAUGGUCAGAGGAUUCAUUUGUACUAGUUCUGUAGCAAUUACCCUAA